AUGAGUGGCUUCGUCGAUGAUGACUGGAAUGUAGCGGCUGCUGGGAAUCAGGUACCUGCUGCUGGUUUGAAUGCAACGGGAGCACCGAUGGCUGUGGGACAUCCGGUAGCUGCUGCUGCUCCAAACCAGACGACCUUGACCUCUCGCCUCCUAGCACUGCCGCUGCAUAUCCGUGAGGCCAUCUAUACAGAGGUCCUCAAAGUUGAGAACACGAUCAAACAUCAUGUCCAUCGAGACUGGGAGAUCGCUGACAUCAUGGAUGACAUGGCCAAUUCUGAUAUUCCAACUGAUUGGGUAUGGUCUAUGAGUCCACGCAUCACCACGUACAAUUUCGAUACUUCUCUGUUGCUCGUGAACCGCCAGGUCUACCUUGAAGCAUCUCGAGUCUGGGGUCGUCAAAACACCUGGGUCCUUAUACGACUUGGAGACGCGCUGCUUAUCAGGGUCAUGCAAGAAUCGGGGUGUGCCAUUCCAAUACCUGACACCUGGACGCUUGCUGGCCUCGGUGAUACUUCUGGUAAGAUGCAGAGGAUUGCCGUUGAUAUCACCGUAGGUGGGACGGCGAACAGGUAUGCGGCGCAACAGAAGAUGUUCAUCAUGAGCGUAGAGGGAGUAUGGGACCUUGUGGCCCACCUGGUGUCAUACUCUAUCACGCCCUGGUGCAUCGUCGUGCGGUACAACAAAGCCGAUAUCUUCCCUGCGAGCUAUCGUCGCAAACUUGCAAAACGAGUCAGGGAGUUGUUCGAGCCACUGCGAAUUAUCGGCCCCAACGACCAACGCCGUGGUGUGAUCCUGAUAACUGAGAACGACGAAUCUAACGAACGAUCUGACCGAGCUGCUGACCCCAGCAUACAUAUCCCCCUGACCACCUGUGAAGUCUUGAAGUUGUUGAGAGACUACCUUCCUCCAUUCAACGCGGAUGUAGACAAGGUGGACUGGGUUCAUGAAGAGGUGAAGAUGGCCGAAUGGAGUUUCCUCUUCACCAACGCGAUCACGAAGUACGGAGUUUCUGAGGAGUUUGGUCCUGGCUGGCGAGACACCCUCUGCAUGGCUCACGCGCGAAUGAUGGCCAUCAGAUUGGGUCUCGGAGACUUGGAGCAAGCUGAAUACCACGCGAGACGAACUGACGAUAUGCUGGAGAUGCACGAAGCUAGGAUCUGGUGGUACCAUGCCGUUGUGUCUAACAUGAGGACCUGGGGUGAUACACUGAGCAAGAGCGUCACCCAAGAGAUCCUCGACGUUAUCUGGUGUCUGUCCCACAGCGAGGACAAGCAGUGGUUCAACCUCUUCUGGCUCAACGGCAAAGAGGACGAAGAGAGUGAGCGCAAGGUCGUCCUCACGGCAGCUCAUAAGAUCGAGGCAGCGCGGUGGGUGGCAUCAGUAGAACAUCCAGGGGACCACGGUGAGCGAGCCAGGAGAUUCAGCCAGUUCAUGGCCGUCCAAGGCCAGAAGCUCGUCGCAGGCUUUUCUCCUGGCGCCGUGGACGAAUACAACCUCUCGAUGCGUGCUCUGGUGGUCGCCAACAGGCUGCCAGACAGCUUCCAGAGCUUCUGCCACCAGCACGGCUUCAAAUACUGGUCUUUGGUUGAGGUGGUUGAUAUUGAUGUGAAGCUGAGAUGA